AUGGGAGAUUUUUAAAAUUCUAUUUAUUGGUUAUAAAGAAUAAGAGACAAUUACAAUAUUCAUGAUCCUAAUUUUACGGGUAAAUUAUUGCUUGAAUUAUCUAAAUUAUAUUUUCUUAAUUUUUAAAUAAGAGAGUCUUAAGCAGUUUUAAAUGAGGCUUUAUUACACUUUGAGAAAAUAUAAUGGAAAGCAGAUAUUGCAAAAACUUUACUUUUAUAAGCUCGUAUGUGUGCUUGGAUGAGUAUUAAUAUUUGUUUAAUAUCAUUAGAUAAUUAUGAUUUAGCUACAAAAUUAGCUUAUGGAGCUGUAUCUCUAUUAAGAGAAACAUAUAUCAAUGAUGAAACUAAAUUAGAUUCUGCUUAUUUUAUCCUAGCUGAAUGUCAUUACAUAUCUAAGAAAUAUGAUACAGCUAAAGAAUUCUUAAUUAAAGUUUAACAGUUAAAAUUAUAAAGUGGAAAAUGUGAGAAUCAUUAUUCCCUACUUGAAACUUAUAAUUUACUAGGAUUAAUACAUGCUUAGAUGUAUGAUCUUUAAACAUCAUAUUAUUACUUUUGUUAAGCUUAUAAAUGUAUAAGGUAAAACUGUUAAAAUUAUUGAUUAAGUACUAAUUCCAUAGAAAAAGGACAGAUUUUAAAUAAUAUUUCUGUUAUUUAAAAAUUUCUUGGAUAAUUAGAAUUAGCAGGAAAAUGCUAAAAUUUAGCAAAUAAAAUUUAUGGUAAAUUUUUAUCAGAAAAUCAUCAACUCUUUAAAAGAUUAAUACUAAAUUCUAUUAUUGAAUCUUAAUAGUGA